ACAAACUCGUGCAUUUUUCGCUUUUAAAUUGAAAUGAUUAUAAUGCUUGCCGUUCGAAAAUUAUUCGUUGAUGCUUCACCUUUAAGGCACUGCAUGUUAUAUUUCAAAUAUUCUAACAAAAGUAUUCGAAAGCCACGUGUGACGUUCGGAAAGAAGAAAUGGAAUGCACCACAAGUUCAUCAAAAUUACAAUUUUGGCCGAAAUCCUGGUGUCGAGGGACAGUUACAAGCUCUGGAUUUAACAGAAGAAGAAAUGAAGGAUCCCAAUAUUUUAGAAGACAUGGAACAGCAAUUUUGGAAUGCUGACAAAGUUGAGGGUACCCUGGAAAGAGAGAAAUAUAUCGACAAGGAACUUCAGAGUAUAUUUCAAGUGACAAGGAAGCAAUUCAAGGAGGAAAAAUCGCCCAAUAUGCUUUCAUGGGAUGAAAAGCAACAAAUAAGGGCACUUCAUGCUAAAGACCCUGAGAAGUGGACCCACAUGCAGUUGGCAUUCAGCUUUCCUGCUACUCCAUCCAUUAUUCAGAAAAUUCUUAGGGCUAAGUGGAAAUAUAAUUCACCAGAGCAAAUUGAAAAACAUGAUGCAAGGGUUCAGCGAAAUUGGGAUGCUCUCUUAAAAGACGAUUUAGAAGUGCCGAAUGAAGAACUCAAAAAGCACUUGCUGUCCUUCAGCCAGCGAAGAAAACUUAUUUCUUCCAACAUGAAAGAUAUUGCCACCUCCACUGUCCCUCCUCCUAAAACUUCCGAUAGUUUGAAAAAUGUUUUAAAGGAUGGAGGAGUGUUUGCAAACAUAUAUAAAAGUUAUAAACCAAUUGAUCGGAUUGAAAAGAGGGAUGAAACUAUUACAGAAGAAGUACAAACCCCAGCUCAGGCAGGACUUCAAAUGCUUUACCAACCACCUCAAAAUGACACUUUCAUUAUUCCAAAGGCUGCCCAAAAUGUUCUACAUCGUACUAACAAACAUCUUACUUUAGAAGAUAUGAAAGAUGUCGUAAUGCAAGAUGUUGUAAAAGGAAAAUCUCUAACAGGUGACGAGAUAAACUUUGUUCAAGAAAAGUUGUUAAUGGAAAGGGAGAAAAGUAAUUAUCCUAUCAUGAAAGAUCCUAUUGGAAAAGAGGCAAACGAAGAAUUUAGCAGAGGACAGGAAGGUAUUGACACAGUGUCUAAUAGCAGUAAUGAUCUUAACACAACACACAAAAUUACUUUGUCUGUGGAAGAAAUCAAUACUUCUGAUUCUGCUAAAAAUUUUAGGUCAUCUCAAAGUGAAGAUGACAAUGUUUCAAAAUUCAUUGAUGUAUCAGGAAUAAAGAAUAUUCAAAAGCUUGAAGACAAAGAAAUAAUUGCAAGCUUGAGAACAGCUAAAAUGGCUAGGAGUAAAAUGGAUGAUGAAAUUGUUGUCAAAGCAGUGAAAGAGUAUGUAUCCCAUUCUUCAGAGAGUUAUCCACUAGAAAUAGCAAUUCCAAAAGAUAAGUGGAAAAAGGGUGCUUUGUACAGAGUUAAAGAUCGGUUCUACACUGAUGAUGGGGAAUUCUUGUAUAGAGUGCCAGGAAUAUCACAGGAAUAGUAGUUUAAUGUAAAUCUGUUACCAAAUAAAGUUUAAACUGAUGAAGUGAA